AUGGGAGAACAGUGUGGGAGGAGUGUACAAAAGACCUGCAAUAAAAAGAUGCUAGGUGAUUUAAAAACAAUUUUAAGCGAAAUGAUAAGAGUUCCAAUAUCGAAAUUCAAUCUAUGUGGAUGGGUACACAAGAACGAUCAUCUCGUCAUGGACAGUGAUGUUUUGCGAGAUCUCCAUCUUCCGCUGGACAACACAUUGUUCAUAUUGACUCCAGAUCUACCUGUUGUAUCAAACCCUGAAAACAAAAUGGGAGAUCCCGUGUUGGAAGAGUACAGCUUGUUAAUAAAGAAUACAGACACCAAGCAAGAAAUAAAUAUCAAAUGCUUGGGCCAGAAAACCGUUGAAGAGAUGACCAUAUCUGAACUUGGUAUGUCAAAAGUAUCAACAUUGGAGGUAAAGAGCUUAAGGACAAAAAAUAACAACGUACAAAGUUCAUCAGUUGACAGAGAACCCCACGUGGUUGACUUAGACGUUGACAGUGAUAAUGAUGAUGAAACGUAUGACGAUGCAAUGGAAAUUGAAAACUUUUCUUCAUCUGCUUUAAAGCCACUCAUGCCUGAAAAUUCGACUGACCAAGUAGCUGCUACAGAGUCAUUCAGCAAUGAAUUCCAAAACAGAUAUGGUGAACCCCACCCUAUCUUCUACAUUGGAAGUCUCGAUGAUGCUGUCCGGGAUUCAUUACUCUGUAAAGCAAGAGAGAGAAAAAUGCUUGCUGUAUAUCUGCAUCAUGACAACAGCAUUCUCUCAAACGUUUUCUGUUCGCAAGUUCUGUGCAAAGAAUCACUUGUUUCCUAUCUAACAAAUAAUUUUAUCUGUUGGGCUUGGGAUCUCACAUUUCAAUCUAAUCGGAAAAUCUUGUUACAAAACUGCACCAAACACUUUGGAAGCAUGACAUCAAGUUCAAUAAACAAAAAAAUUGAAUCAUCUGACAGUUUACCUGUUCUUCUCAUUAUAUCGAGAAAUAGAGGGACUAAUGAAGUGCUUGAACUUAUUGAAGGUAACGGUACCUUAAUCGAAAUCAUGCCCCGACUGAUACAUGCUGCUGAAUUAAACAGAGCUCAGAUGGAAAGUGAAAUUUCUGAAGAAACAAGAUCUGAAACCAGCAAGGACAUAUUUUCCAAAAUACAUCUAAGUUCCCUAAAGAAAGCAGUUGUGAUAGGCAUUGAUCCAGGUCUAUAUGUAGCCAACAAACCAAAUUCAUGUUUACCAUAUGUUAUUCUUGUUGCUAUUGCCUCAAACGUAGCUAAAGAUGGUAAAUCAAAUCGUGUGUAUCUGAACCCUGUUUUAAAAUAG